AACCCUGUAAUAACUGUAAAUUUAUAUUUGUACGCAUUAAAUAGAAAAAGCACUUGUUGAAUAUAAAAAUCUUCUGUAAAGAUUAUCUUUGAUUUUAGUCGUAAAAAUGUUUGUAAAAAUCAAAUUGGAGGAUGCUGGCAAUUCAAAAAAUCCUCUUAUAUUGAGCAUAGAGGAUAAUGCAACAAUUUUUGAUUUGAAAACGAAUUUGGAAUCAUUCGUGGACAUACCGGCAGAUCAACAGGAAAUACAGAGAAUGGACCGCAUAUUGGACAAUUUUGAUGAGCUAACCAAGGUGGUUAAUAAAGAAAUUGACGGCGAUAAAAUCAAUGGAGCUGCAAUUUCUUUAUAUACCAACAAGAAAUUUUUCUGCUUUUUGCAAUUCUACAAUAAAAAUGAAAGCGACAAUCAGAGCAACUUCUUCAGUCAACCAUCAAAUGCAAAAAAAUUGCCAAUUGAUCAAUUGCCUCAAUAUAUUGAACACCUCGACUCGGAGACUUCGUGGCAUUCUUCAUCAUCAUCCGAGUCCGAUUCGACGGAUCAGAGCAGUAAUAGCAGCGAUUUAAGCGAGGAUUCGCGGAGUCCUAAGCGCAAGUCAAAUUUUAAACCGAACUCUCCGACAAAGAGAUUACGCCAUUCCACGGAUGAUAUCGACAAACGGAGUGAGCGAACAUCAACUGCUUUGACACCGAUAAGACAGGCAACGCCUAUUCAGGAGGUUUCGAUGGUGCAAAUACCUGAAUCUACACCUGCACAAUCAGCAGCAACAGGUGUCUCUCUCAUGCCUGCUGAUCAGGGGACAAAAAACAUUGUGGUUGUCGAAGUGGCACCACAGGCAACUGUUCCAUUUACAAAUAUUGUGGGAAAGACUUCCACGUUGGAAUCAAGUCACAAUCUGAAAGAGAUGCCGGCAGCUCCUUUGAAACCGGUGCAGACUUCCACGUUGGAAUCAAGUGACAAUCCAAAGGUGAACACGACAGCUCCUUAUGUUGCUAAGAAACCGGUGGGGACUUCCACGUUGGAAUCAACUGUCAAUGUAAAGGAGAAGACGACAACUCCCUACCAUGCCAUGAAACCGGUGCAGACUUCCACACUGGAAUCAAGUGACAAACCAAAAGAGAAGACGGCAGCUCCUUAUGUUGCUAUGAAACCAGAACAGCGUAGAUAUGCAGUUGUUAUCAACAAAGGCAUCGAUGAGCAACAGCCGGAUUAUGGUCGCCUAAUGAAGCAUUUUUAUGGACUAUUUGAAUCGUCCAGAAGCUGCGGGCAGCUCAACUUUAGCGAAUCUCUCUCAAUUACUGCGCACGAUGACCAGCUGUGGGUGCUGUGUGAGGAUUAUGAGACCUGUGAGUGGAUUGCCAACGGUGCACGCAUCCUGAACUCCUACAAAUGCUGUAGUUUCAUCAAAUAUUUCGGACUUUCGAAAUGCCGUGUGGUGCUGCCACAGGUGGUUGAUGGAAAGGAACUAUCAAAUAUAUUUCAGCUACUUGAGUUGCAGAACUUAGGACUGUGCACAAAUAAAUGGUGUGUUGUGGAACGAUCCCUUCUCGAUCCAAACUCUGAGGAUUAUGACUCCCAAGCCAUGACCACCUUGUGCAAAAAUGAAAUACUAACUCUGUAUGUGGAUCAGGAGAGCAAGUGGUUUAUACAGGAACAGGAUUUUAAGCUCAAGUAUUGUUUCUGGAAGCUGACAUUCCAGUUCUAAAGCAGGGGAAUUAAAUUUAAUUAAGUUAUUCCAAA